UCUUGAAGAACUUUCUAAUUUUGCGACAUACUUUGAUUGACAGUUGCUUUACGAUAGUGUAAAUUGGUAAAUUUUCCAAUAAUAAAUAAAGCAUCAGUUUAAGAUGACCUGCAAAGACAAGAGCACACCUGGAUGAUUACAUGAUAAACAGUGAUAUUUACGAAGAAAAAUGCCUUUUGGAUUACGGUUUAAAAAGACUCGUCGCUAUGACAUUUCAACAAAAAACAUCUACAUGGUGGAGGUACAGAUGCUGGAUGGAUCAUACCUCGAAUGUACACUGACAUCAGAUAGCACGGGACAUGAGUGUCUUGACGGAAUCUCACAGAAAAUUGAGUUGCAAGAGAUUCAGUAUUUUGGACUACGAUAUGUAACAAAGAAGAUACAGUUCCGCUGGGUGGACUUGAACAAACCGCUGAAGAAACAGCUGGAGAAAUACGCACAAGCCUCACAGCCGUCACGAUCUCCACGUCUCUAUUUCGGCGUGAUCUUCUAUAUAGCCAGCGCACAUAAAAUUGUAGAUGAUGUUGCUAGGUACCAAUACUAUCUCCAAUUGAAGAAUGAUAUAGUGGAUGGUCGUCUCCCUUUAACUGUAGAUCAGGUCAUCCGACUAGCAGCAUACAGUUUACAAGUUGAAUUCAAUGAUUAUGAGAGUGAUAAACCUGCAGCAGACUACUUCACAGACAACAUGGUGUUUCCUAAGAAUCUGACAAAAGAUGAGAAUAUUUUACAAGAGUUACAGAACGAGGUACUGCAGGUAUACAUGGGGCUACAAGGUGUACAUCCAGUGAAAGCAGAGAUACAGUACAUGAAGGAGAUACAGAUGAUGGAUGGUUAUGGCAUGGAAUAUUACAUUGCAAAGGAUGACAGGGGUAAGGAACUGUAUCUGGGUACAUCCUAUGUUGGAAUUUUUGCCAGGUAUUUAGAUGGUCAGCCUCCCAUUUUCUUCAAAUGGACAGAUGUUGCCAGGCUACAACAAAGCAAGAAAACAUUUGAAAUAGAUACGUCAAAAAGUUCAGUGCAAUAUACUAUGGAGGACUCUGAUACAGCCAAAUACCUGAAGAGAAUGUGCCUUCUACAACAGAAAUUCUACAAAUCUACAAAAAUCAUGCUCAGUGCCAGUCUUAGUGACCUGACAGAUUUUGCUGAAUCAGAUGUUAUGCCAGAUAUACAGCAGAGUGUGAUGCCUCAGUCAGAUGUUCCUGUUGAUCAGCUGGCCCAGUCUCAGACAUCAUUGUCAUCUUUGAAGUAUGGUGAACAGAAAUUUGAACCAGAUUCUAGAUCAGCCUCUGUAAAUACAGAUGAUUAUUACAACCGAUCACAGCAGAGCCUGAAUGUCUCUGCCCAGGACCUGAGUUCAGGACAGUACUCAGUUGAACCUCAUCAGGAUCGGCGCUCUUCAUCAGCUUCAGCACAUUAUCAGCAGCAGCAGCAGCAGCCACAGCAGGUGGGAGUACAAAAUGCACCUGAUCCAUUAGAAGACCCUACCUAUGCCAGUCGACGUGCCGCUCUACCGGAAUACCGACAUGCUCCUGACUAUGCAACAGUUAUGAAACAAAAAAUGAACCAGUCACAGAUUACUCAACAACAACAACAUGUGCAAAGUAAUCAACAUAUUCACCAUGGCAACCAACAUAUUCACCAUAGCAACCAUCAGAUGCACCAUAGCAACCAACAUAUUCAUCAUAGCAACCAGCAAAUGCACCAUAGUAACCAACACAUACAUCAUAGCAACCAACAGAUUCAUGACUUAAAUCAGAACAUUGCCAAUACCCAUAUUUAUGCACAGUCGGAAGAAGGGCUAGCAUACAGUCAGCCUGAAAUCAGUAACCCUCAUGUGUCUUAUAAUCCAGAGGGUCAUUAUCAAAUGGAAAGUCCAGUGAGGAAUUAUCCUGUGUCAAUGUACACAAAUGUGUUCCAGGAUCAGAACACUGGCAGUUUUAUGCAGUACAGAAUGAAUGAAAGGCCUACUAAUCUAGUUAUGCAGCCAACUUACAGUUCCCCGGAACUGAAUACGCAAGGACUACCACAACAAUAUUCCACAAACGAUUUCCUCAAUGUGAAUGAGGCAUAUGUGUAUCAGUAUAAACCACCUCCCCCAUAUCCACGUGCAAGCAAUUCCACACCAGACUUAGCCAUACAAACACAUUAUAGACAUCCAAGUGAUAGUCCAGAUUUAGUGUCUAGAAGAACGUUAGGGGAUUCGGCUUUUAGUAGUCAUUCUAAUUUGGGAGUUAGUGUUGAAAAUUUAACAGAAACUAUUCCAGAGGUUGUGCAAAUAUCUGAAAACACUGUAGAAACUGAAACUGGCCUUGCAGAAGUUCAGCAUCACACAGGAGAAAUAGAUGAUGCCUCAAGUGAUCAUUCAAAUUCUACGUUCCAUGUGAAAGAAACUGAUAGUGAACCAGAGGAGCCAUUUGUUCGUGCCAUUCCACAACGACAGAGUAGUAAGUCGAAAAUAACAGUUCGCUUUGUUGCACCCAACAAAGCCCCGCCUCCUUCAACGUCGAAGGAGGUAGCAACUAAACGAGAAAGUUUUCGUCGUAUGAUGAUUGCUAGAUCUGGGUCAUUUACACCCGGAGUUUUGCGAGAAAAUUCUAAACGCCUUAAUCAUAUCAACAGAAGUUUGAGGGCCAAAGAGAAAAACGGCAUUGAGGAACAUAUUCUAGAAACUAAUAGAUCUGUAACAAAAUCUCCUACCAAAGAACAAACAGUUGAAAGUAAAGAUCCUGUGAAAGAGAAUGUUAAAAAUGUUCUAAACAAAGUAACAGAAAAUAGUGCUUUAAUUGUCGAAAAUGGAUCUGAUAACACGUCUGGACGGGAGGUGAUGAGGAGUCAAAGUGAUGCAAACAAAACUAACAAUAAAGUGAAAGUGAUACAUGAGAAAGCCGUGUCAUUAGAUAGCAGUGCUGAGAGACAGCAGCUGUUAGAUAAGUUAAAACAUAGCGAGCCUGAGGUACCGUCUACCAUCAGCGAGAAUGAGAGACUUGUUGGUUCUAGAGAAAAACUUGUUGAUUAUGAGGAUUCUGACUCUGAUCAGGAGGAAGCCCCACAGUCCCCUGUAGGACCUCUGAAGUUAGCAGCUAUGAAUGGACUGACAAUGUCUAGACCUAUGGUCCUUGCAUUGAUGAAUGAUGAAACUAGGGCUCCAAAGGAUGAAAGAAGAAAAGUUUUGGAGAAGAAGCUGUCAGAGAACCUUGUAUUCAAAGAGUUUGAGGAGACACCGAAGAGAAUAGCGGAGUAUGAUUGUCAUGUUGCUAGGCUACCAGAGAAUACACUGAGAAACAGAUUUCGAGAUGUCUUACCGUAUGAUAUAACUAGAGUCAAAUUGAAUCCAAGAAAAGAUAACUCUUCAGGAUAUAUUAAUGCUUCACACAUAAAGUUAACUGUAGGACAUAGACUAUGGUGGUAUAUAGCAACACAAGCCCCUAUGGACAACACUCCAGUAGAUUUCUGGCAGGUGGUGUGGGAACAGGAAGUGGAGGUCAUUGCCAUGCUUACAGCACUGAUGGAGCUUGGCAGACCAAAGUGUUAUCCUUACUGGCCCCAGGAUCCUGGUCCUGAACAUAAACUGAUCUUUGGAGAUUACGAGAUACAACUGUUGUUUACAAAUGACUCCCUGUGUUAUAUCACCAAUCGUAUAUCAUUGCGACAUGUUCCCAGUAAGAAGGAGAGACAGAUAUGGCAUCUACAGUACACAGACUGGCCAGAUCAUGGCUGCCCUGAUGAUAUGUAUGGAUUUCUUGGAUUCCUUGAUGAGAUAGAAUCUGUGCAGAGACUUGCGGAGUCUGAGGAAGGAAGUGGUAAAAAGUCUCCAAUAGUGGUGCACUGCAGUGCUGGUGUAGGCCGCACAGGGGUCGUCAUACUUACACAAGUUAUGAAGUGGUGCUUGGAGUAUAACCAGGAGAUAGAUCUACCAAAGGCUCUUGGAAUGAUACGUCAACAGAGAAUGCACAUGGUUCAGACACUAGGACAGUAUAACUUCAUUCAUAAAACAUUGAUCCAGUACCUGAAAAAUACUAGGCUCAUCUAGAGGACAACUGUUUCAAUAAGGCGGUGAAAAUACCAGGAUGAUCUCAAGGACAGACCUAGUAAUGUCCUUAAUGGUUUUUAUGUUCACAAAAUGAAAGAGUAAUAUGAUCUUGUUGUGGAAGUAACAAAAUAACAAUGUACAUAUUAAGGGCUUAUAAUGAUAAAAUAGUCUGAAAAUUUGUUCAGGUCAUUAGUAGAUCUCUGUUAUCUUCCUUUCACUGUGUUGUGUAUAACGUAACAACUGGACAAUGACACUAUUGAGAUUGGAAAUAUAAAUUUGAAGUGGUUGUGAAAAUGCCAAAGUGUUUUGACGAGACUGUGAUAUUGUUUAUUUUGAAGGUAGGAAAAAGACAUAAUCGUACAAGAUUUCAUGUGGUGCUGUGAUUGACAUGUAAUGAUAGUCACUGUAUUCAAGCACAGAGUGCUCUCCCUUUUUUAUUUACAUUUUACACAUACAUGUAAUUUGUACAUAUAAUUGUACAGUUUUGUGUUUUUCUAUCAGCACUAUACAGGAUUCCAAAUUUGCUGGUGAAAUGAUUCUUGUGCAAAGCUGCAGGAAUUCUGUUGCUGAAUAUUAUCUAGUUUCAUUUCUUUAAAACUUCAAAAAAUAUUAUAUAAUAAAUUUUUGUCUGUAGCAGUUGAAAGUAAUGUAUUACAAAUUAAUUCUUUGUUUAUUAUUGCAGAGUAAGCAUUUAACUUGUAUUCAUGUACAGACAUUUGAAUAUAUAUUGGAUCAUACUUGUAAAUGAAUUUUUUAAUACACAAAAUUGUAUGUUUUGCUUUUAAGGGUUGAUUUCCUAAAAUUAUGUAUUCAAUAUAAACAGCAUAUUUUUGAAUAUAGUUUACAUUUAUUAUCACACCCUGGCGUUUUGUCAAUCUAUUAUACCCUUCUAAAAAGUGCAGAAAAAAAUCCUUUCUCUUUGCACUUCUUGAUAAGCAUUUUCCUCUUAUAUAUUUAAUAUAGUUAAGUUUUUGAGAUACUGUAUUUUUGUAAUUAUGAUAAAAUAUAAUCCAUUGAUUUGAUGGACAAGUUUAAUGGACAAGUACUAUAUCUCAAAGUAAGGAGUGUUUUUCUUGUUUCUAUUGCCAUGUUGUUAUUCCUGUUUAUACAUUCUCCACAUGUCUAAUAUACAAUCAAAUAUAGUUUGUUUCUGUUUAUAUUACUUGAACACAAAAAAAUUGGAGGUUGGGGUUGGAAUUAUUUCAUUUGAAGUUCAAGUUGAAAGUUUGCUUUAACACACUUGUCUCUCUUAAAGCUCUGAUACUUUAAAAAAAAAUAGCUGUAAACAAGGAACAGAAAGUUAUAUGCAUGUAUAAGUUUGGGUAAUUCUGUAGAACAUAAUUUGUAUUUUGCAUUUUUAAGUUAAAGUUAUUAAUAUAACAAUGCAAACAUGGACUGAAGGAGGGAAAGGAUGUCUCUAACAACUUGCUUACACUGCAGUAGUCAAGACAAAGUUUUCGUGUUAAAAACUUUCAUUUGCUGAACAUUUCUGUUAAACUGGUCAGUACAUUUUGUUCUUACCAUGUUUUCUUAGUUGUACAUGAAUUUUGUUUACUUUUGGUGUGUUUUGUGCAGUUUUCUACUUUUUCCAGCUUUAGAUUAUGAUUUUUCAUUGAAAUAAUUGAAACAUUAUCUGUAGUGUAAAAUGAAAUGUUUUUUCCAAGAUAAUCCAGGUGUACAUGGCUCACACAAACAUUUUGAGGUUGUAGUCAGGUAGCUACAAUUUAGCACCUCAAGUUUAUAUUAUUUGAUGCCCAUUUAACUCAUUUCACAGUACCAGGGCUGCUGUUUAUUGUGGACACAAGUUGUGUAAUCAACAAUCAUAUGUGACAAUUAGUCUUACAAGUAUAUCACCAUACCUACACUUGUACAGAAAGAAUGGACCUGACACUAUUGUAAAAUUUUGAACAUGAAAAUUCUAACAUUUCCAGUACAAUUCCCUAGUCAGACAUUCUACAUGUAUUUUUUCAAAGUUCGUUAUUGCUGCAAAUUGCAUGAUAUUAUUGCAAAUAAAAUAAAAAAACACAAAGUU